AUGAAGAUUACCUUCGCCGUAGCGACACUGUCGGCGGUUACCACUCUCGCCGACGCAUACCCGCACAUCGCAGAGUACCUCGCUGAGCGGAACUCGCGUCGUCAAGAAAUCCCGACUGUUCCCUUCCCCAAGGUGAGUGCUUAUGACGAAGGCGAGGUGCCACAUUCGCACGGUUUGGGCGGCGCGUCUUGUGCCUACGCGGCGCUUAGGGGCCAUGCGCGCGCCACUGCGCCACUACGUUGGCACGCGCGUCGUCACGGCCUGGACAUCGUGCGAAGAACCAUAGCACGCUCGACCUCUUUUACCAUGACCCGAGGCUUCCAUUUGCGACUGACACAUCUCGCUGCUUGUAUUGAUGCGUCCUCAGAUUGGCGGUAUCCCUCGAGUUCUCCCCAUCGGCUUCAACGCCGACGCACAACGCGUCAGCACCACCGGCGACCAUGCCUUCAUCGCACCUGGACCCAAUGAUCGUCGAGGCCCCUGCGCCGGUUUGAACGCCGCCGCCAACCACGGGUAUCUUCCUCGCGACGGUAUUGCCACCUACGCCGCCGUCCAGACAGGUCUUUGGGAAGCAUUCGGUCUCGACCAAACCGCCACCCAGGUGCUUCAGCAGACGACGACCUUCUUCGACGGUGACCCAAUCACCCAAAAAUGGAGUAUCGGAGGUUUCAGUCCUAAGACGGCCGCCCUUGCACCUGUGGGCGACCUCCUCGGUCUGCCCCUCGGCACCGCUCUCGGCAAGGAGUCCGGGAUCUGCGGUUAUGGUCAUCUCAAGUCCGAAGGUGACGCUUCGAUCACCCGCGGUGACUUCCUCGCCCCCACUAUGAACUCCAACUGCGCCAGUUACCCCGAAUUCUUCCAAGAGCUCCUCGAUACCUCGUGCGAGGUCAACAAGGACUGCUCGAUUACGAUGGACUCGCUCGCGUUGCACCAACAUCGCCGCAAGCUCUACUCGAUCAACACCAACCCCAACUACUUCUCCCCCGCAUUCGCCGGUGUUGCUUUCACCCCCGCGGCGCACCAUUUCGUCUUUGCUCUGAUGGCCAACCGAUCGUCGGAACACCCCGAGGGCUUGCUCACCCCCGAGGCGCUCAUGCAAUGGUUCUCGUACUCGCGCGAUGCGUCGGGCAAAUUGGUCUACAAAUACGGUAACGAGCGAAUCCCCGACAACUUCUACAAGCGUGAGUGGUCAUUCGAUGGGUCCAUGAUUACCUUUGCAGGCUUGUCAGUGACUGACAUUACCUCCUUCCUCGGCGCGUCUCAGGUGGCCUCCAAGACCCCUGGACCCUGCCCGACAUCUUGACCGGUGUCGCGCAGCAGUGCCUCGCCUACCCCACCACUUGUGCCAUCGGCGGUAACACGGGCAAGGUCAAUUCGUUCGCUGGCGUCGAAGUCGGCGACCUCUCCCACGGCUUGUACGACUCGAGUGCCUACACCGAUCCCGCCAAGCUCGGUUUCUUCCUGUCGAUGAACAUCCAAGCCGAGGCCCCGUCAUUCUUGUCCAACGUUUUCCAAGGCCCGGUCGCUCAGACCGUCUUGAGCUUGCUCACGUCGACCUUGAUCCCGACGCUCGCCAAGGGUUUCGGGGAGUGCAACGGCAUCAACGUCAAGGGUGGCAAUGGUGCCGGUGUUCCCUUCGGCCAGUACUCGGGUGCUUCCCGGUUCCCUGGUGCCGCGGUGCAGAACGAUGGUCCUCGUGGCAUGUCGCCCAGCCCGUAA